AUGUUGUCUCUGGCAGUGACUCCUUCCCGAUUCCUUUGUCCAACAAACACAGAAGCGCAUGCCCUUCCUCAGGUUCCCUUCCUGCCAGGUGGGGAAAAGAAGGUCCUACAGCACUUCAUGGAGAAAGAGGAAUGGGACAAGCGGACAUCACCAGUGGAGUUCCUCCUCCUGCUGGGACUGAGUAAUGUCCCCAAGCUUCAGGUGCCCCUCUUUCUCCUCUCCCUCGGGAUCUACAUGGUGACAGUGUUUGUUAACAUCCUCAUUGUUGUGCUGGUGCUGGCAGAUGGGCAUCUUCACACUCCCAUGUCCGUCUUCCUGGGGAAUUUCUCCAGUGUGGAAAUCUGCUACACCUCCACUAUCCUGCCCAGGCUGUUGGCCAGCUUCCUAGCCAGGGACAGAACCGUUUCUGCUCAAGGUUGCAUGGCACAGUUCUUUUUCUUUGGCUGUUUUGCAGAACUUAAGACCAGGAAACAGCCUAUGUCCAACAACAGCUCCUUCACCCAGUUCCUCCUCCUGGCAUUCGCAGACACGCGUCAGCUGCAGCUCUUGCACUUUUGCCUCUUCCUGGGCAUCUACCUGGCUGCCCUCCUGGGCAAUGGCCUCAUCAUCACCGCCAUAGUCUGCGACCACCACCUCCACAGCCCCAUGUACUUCUUCCUCCUCAACCUCUCACUGCUUGACCUGGGCUCCCUCUCCACCACUGUCCCCAAAGCCAUGGCCAAUUCCCUCUGGCACACCAGGGCCAUCUCCUUUGCAGGAUGUGCUGCCCAAGUAUUCCUGCUUGUAUUUUUUAUGUCAGCAGAUUUUUAUCUUCUCACCAUCAUGUCCUACGACCGUUAUGUUGCCAUCUGCAAACCCCUGCACUACGGGACCCUCCUGGGCAGCAGAGCUUGUGUGAAAAUGGCAGCAGCUGCCUGGGGCAGUGUUUUUUUCUACGCUGUGCUGCACACGGCCAAUACAUUUUCACUACCGCUCUGCAAAGGCAAUGCUGUGGACCAGUUCUUCUGUGAAAUCCCACAGAUCCUCAAGCUCUCCUGCUCAGACGCCUACCUCAGGGAAGUUGGGCUUAUUGUGGUUAGUGCUUGUUUCAGUUUUGGGUGUUUUGUUUUCAUCGUUCUGUCCUACGUGCAGAUCUUGAGGGCUGUGCUGAGGAUCCCCUCUGAGCAGGGACGGCACAAAGCCUUUUCCACGUGCCUCCCUCACCUGGCCGUGGUCUCCCUGUUUAUCAGCACUGCCGUGUUUGCCCACCUAAAGCCCCCCUCCAUCUCCUCCCCAUCCCUGGACCUAGUGGUGUCAUUUCUGUACUCGGUGGUGCCUCCAGCAGUGAACCCCCUCAUCUACAGCAUGAGGAACCAGGAGCUCAAGGAUGCCCUAAGGAAACUGAUGACUUGUUGCUUUUAA